AUGGGAGACGUCCAAGCCAACGAGUACGAUGACGAAGAUGAGGAAAUGCCAUCACAAGACAACACCACUGUCAAGUACAUCGAAGUGCAGUCCAAGGCUGACUUCCAUUUCGAAAUUACCUUGCAUCCAACAUUCGAAUGGGGAAAGGCAGAUACGGUGGCGGCUUAUGCCUACAUCGAUGGCAAGCACUCCUGGAGCAUCUGUCUCCACCGGCCGAAAACCUACAUACUAGAGGGUAUCUGGACUGGUGCGGGAUCUGGCGCAAGACUGUUGCAUUACGCCUUCGCUGAUCUGCAAGCAAGAGAGCAAACAGCCCAAGACAACCUCAACGAGUGGCAGCACAAGUACGGUGCACUUGGAACUCUAGAAAUACAAAUGCAUCGCAAACGCAAAAUUCGUACACGUCAAGCCGAUAGCAACGACAACGCCACAGCGCUGGAGACGGUUGAGAGCGUCCCAGAGAAGGCUUUGAAGGGAAAAGCUCUAGAUGUUGCCACUAUCCAUCGGCCUAUUGCUGGUCGAACCCGACCAAGCAUCACCCAUACCGAGCCAGUCGAUAUGUGGCCCUUCGCAAAGUUCAUCUUCAAAUACAGAACUAAAAGAGCUCUGCAGGCAUUACUGCUCAGAGACCGCACGCCGAGCCCGGUCCCUCUGGAGGAGCGUGCUCCUGAAGACUUGACCCGCGAGGAACUCAUCGAGCUUGAGCGCAGACGUCGUGCAAAUGAGGCCAUCAAAUCGGAUUCGCGACCUGUCAAGCGCGAGCGGACUGGUGAGGAGAAGUCAUCCACCGCACCUCUCAAGAAGACGAAAGGUUUAGAUGGCGAGAUAGUCUACCAUUUUGACUCAGAGGACGAUGGGGAGGUAAUUGAGGUUGCGAAACCGAAGCGAGGCCAGAGUGGUCUUCUAAAAGAUGCAGACGUCGUCGCACUCGAUUGA